GCAUUGCGGCAUCCAUAGGUCACACAGUGAUACCGCUUCCGUGUUGUGUUUGUUACUGGAAAACAGAAACUGCGUGAGGUGACAUAAUUUUCUCUCGCCCGUCGUUGAAUAAACAACGAUGAUUUUGUAAACCGCUCGGACAAAAGAUAUAACAUUGGAUAUGUCGUUAAUUCCGGGCUCGAAGCAGAAAGACAGGCGCAUUUUAUGCGGGAUGUGCCCGGACCCGCAGUGCCAGGCGAAGCUCUUCUUCCCCGCACACACCUCCAUCAGCAUCGAGUGCACCGAGUGCGGCCAGAGACACGAGCAGAAAAAUCUCUCAAAUGUGGAAGAGGUAACCGACCCAGAUGUUGUACUUCAUAAUCUGCUGAGAAAUGCGUUGCUUGGUGUGCCGGGCCCUCCCAAAAAGGGGACGGAGCUGGUAAAAGUGAUGGGACUGUCUAACUACCACUGCAAGCUGCUCUCACCCAUUCUCACCCGCUACGGCAUGGACAAACAGUCAGGCACUGCCAAACUUUUGAAGGACAUGAACCAGGGAGACAUUUUUGACUGUUCGCUUUUAGGGGACAGGGCAUUUCUCAUUGAACAAGAGCAUGUGUCCACCGUUGGCUAUGGUAGAGACAGGUCAGGGAGCUUGAUCUACCUGCAUGACACUUUGGAGGAGAUCAAGAAGGCAAAUUCGAACAGAGAGUGUUUCAUUCCCGUGCAUGUGGAUGGAGACGGACACUGCUUGGUCCAUGCCGUGUCCCGGGCCUUAGUUGGACGUGAGCUCUUCUGGCACGCCCUUAGAGAAAACCUAAAACUCAAUUUCAAGCAGAACCUGGACCGCUACAAAGCUCUGUUUCAGGACUUCAUAGAUGCAGCAGAAUGGGAAGAUAUAAUAAACGAAUGUGACCCUUUGUUUAUUCCUCCGGAGGGCGUCCCGUUGGGCUUGCGUAACAUCCACAUAUUCGGUCUGGCGAAUGUGCUUCACAGACCCAUAAUCCUUUUGGACUCCCUGAGCGGCAUGCGCAGCUCGGGCGAUUACUCCGCCACCUUUCUUCCGGGCCUGGUUCCAGAGGAGCAGUGCCGGGGAAAAGACGGCACUCUGAACAAGCCCAUCUGCAUCGCGUGGAGCAGCUCUGGCAGAAAUCACUAUCUUCCUCUAGUGGGUAUAAAGGGCAUGCCGUUACCCCGUUUACCCUCUGCGCUGUUGCCCAAAGCUUGGGGUGUCCCUCAAGAGCUUAUAUGCAAAUAUGUGAGUCUGGACUCCAGCGGCAGCUGCGUGAUCGGGGGCGAUCGGAGCCUGCAGGAUAAAUACCUGCUGCGCCUUGUCAGCGCAAUGGAGGAUGUCUUCAUGGACAAGCACGGUAUCCAUCCUUCACUAGUUGCUGACGUUCACCAGUACAUAUACAGGCGCACCGGAGUGAUCGGUGUUCAGCCUGAGGAGGUCACGGAGGCGGCGAAGAAAUCCGUUCAGGAAGGACGUCUCCACCGUUGCCUUGUCUGCAACGCCCUCUCGGAGCUCCACGUGCCGGCUGAGUGGGUCAUACCUGGGGGUAAGCUCUACAACCUGGCCAAGUCCACUCAUGGCACUCUACGGGGUGACAAAAACUACAGCUUCCCUCUGAAUAGUUUAGUUUGUUCCUAUAAUCCAGAAAAAGACGUGCUGGUGCCUGACUACAAACUUAGCUCUCUUACAUCCUGCGCUUGGUGCCAUGGAACUUCUGUACGACGGGUCCAUGGUGAUGGCACUGUGGUUUAUCUGGAUGGAGAUCGUACCAACACGAGGUCAGAGGGGGGUAAAUGUGGCUGUGGGUUCAAGCACUUUUGGGAGGGGAAAGAGUAUGACAAUCUACCUGAAGCUUUUCCCAUCACUCUGGAGUGGGCUGGCCGUGUUGUGCGUGAGACCGUUUACUGGUUCCAGUACGAAACGGACCCAUCGUUUAACAGCAACGUUUAUGACGUGACCAUGCGGCUCGUCACAAAGCACUUUCCCGGUGAGUUCGGCAGCGAAAUCCUGGUGCAGAAAGUGGUAAACACCAUCUUGCAUCACACAGCCAAGAGGAGCCAAGAUGAAUACAAUCCGGUUUCCAUAGAGGGCGCUCAUGUGCAGAAUAGGGCCGAGGGGGCUGAAUCUGCCACUCAGCCUCCUACUAAAAUCAUCCUGACGGGACAGAAAGGUAAAACACUUCAUAAAGAGGAACUGGUGAUGAGCAGGACUGAAAGGGUCCUGCAGCACAGCAUCAGCGAGCAAGCGGCCCUCUCGCAGCGGCGCAGCACGGACAGAGCACGUCAGCAGGAUAAAGCCGCAGACCCUCGUCCUUCAUCCCCUUCCUCUUCAUCAUCCUCAGCUCCACCCACUCCGACUAAACUCCCACCCACCAGUGGAGAGAAAAAGAUCCGUGUAACCACAAGUGACGGGCGGCAGGCCAUGCUUACUCUACAACAGCACACCACCUACAGCGAACUGCAAAACUCCAUCGUUCAGCUUUUCAAUUUGCCAGCCGGCCAGCUGUGUAUCCGUCACGGCUUUCCGCCAAGGGAGCUGCCUCCGCCACGCCCUGAGGACCAAAACCAGCCGGUCGCCCUGCAGCAUGGUGACCGGAUCUCCGUUGAAGUGCUAAAAGAGAGCUCGCCCGACACUAACGUGAGCCAAACGCAUGCUCAUGCACCCGAAACACACUCUGACCCGCGGCUCAGUCGUGCAAGCAGCAGGGAAGUCCAGGACAAUAUUGACCUUGAGAUGUCUUCACUUUGUCUUCUAGCAGCACUCAUGGGCGAAGAUGUCUGGUCCUACGCCAAGAAACUGCCUCACCUGUUUCAGCAAGGAGGAGUGUUCUACAAUAUUGUCAAGAAAGACAUGGGUCUGAUGGACGGGAAGCAUUGCACACUGCCCCACUUGUCCGGCAAGACGUUUGUGUUCAAUGCAGCAGAGGAUCGACUGGAGCUGUGCGUGGAUGCAGCCGGUCAUUUUCCAGUAGGGCCCGAUGUGGAGGAACUUGUCCAGGAAGCGCUUUCCCAGCUCCGCACCGAUGCAACCUCCCGUAGCCGUGAGGGAAGCCCCGCCCACAGCCUGCGAUUGGGCUCAGGUGGCGCAGUACGCAGAAAAGAACAGAGCAUCGCUGCCUUCCAGGGAAAAGGUCACUCACUUGGUUCUGCCCCUCCCGAGCACCCGCCAAUCCGACGACAGCACAGCAGCGGCGUGGAUCUCAGCAGCAGCGUUCGGGGGGAGGGGUUAACUUUAUCAGGGGAGGAGUUGAUUCGCGUGGCUCCAGGCAUGCUUACUCUACGCGAGGGCCACGGCAUAGGGCUGGAGCCUGCUGCGAUCGAGGCCCAGCGGCAACGUUUGCAGGAGAUGGUGUCGAACAUACAGGCGUCCAUGGACAAACACCUGCGCCAGCAGGCAGCAAGGCAUGAUGAGAAGGAAGAAGAGACUACUGAGAAGCAAGAAGAGAUGGAGAGUCACGGGACGGAUCCUCCCAGCACUUUUGAGCCCAUGGACCAAUCCUGAUGCUUCAUUACGCGCACAGCAGAGCGAGCCUUCUUUAAAGCGUAACAAACACACAUGCACACACACUGUGAUUUAACUAAUCAAUAUUGGUGCCGCCUAUUUACAUACAUGCGUCUGUUCAGUGCGAAACGCAUUCCUUAAAUAUCUUCAAGUCUUAAGAUGUGAAAUUUGGAAUUGGUUAUUUGCUGAUUCGUGUGAUGGAUUUCAUCCACCUUAAAUGCAUACUUGCCCCAAAGUGCACAACUUAACACUGAUUUAAGAUCACCCCUAAGCUUUGCUAGUAUGCACAUGUGUAGUACUUAAAUAAUAAUCUUAAAAAAAUAAAAGUGCACUUUGACCCUCAUACUGGGUGUUCGGCUCUGAACUCAAAAUAUAGUUUAAACUUCAGCCCUGUGUUUACAUCAAUAAGUGAAUGUGUGUGUGAUUAAAAGUGACCAUCACAGUUUGUGUCCUUAGCGCUGUAUUUUUUUUUUGUCGUGAGGAACAAACCUGGUGUCAGACGUCAACUCGAUUAUAUAGCCUGCAUUACCCAUAAUGCACUGUGGUCAAACUCUAAACAUUGUACAUUUUACUCCCUACAUGGUAAAAUCUAACAAGUUUGCACAUCCUGUAAAACACACACACAUGCACAAGUUCAAACACUUGUCGUAGCAGGUCAACAUAACUGGACCAACUUUUUGGUCUGUAAUGUGAGACUCUUGUCUGUAUUGCCUUUUCUGCAGUCGAUGACCUACCAGGGUUAGCAGUCGGGUCGCAUUGCCACAAGAUAAAAAUUCGGUUUUGUUGUGCCAUUUUGCAUGUACUUAUUUUUUCAACACUGUUUGGUACACGACGAUAAUUUUACUUGGCAUUAAAAUGCAGUGGUUUAAAAGAAGGUUUUGGCUGAAGCCAGACUGAAUGUAGCCAAGCGGUUGAUGUUUUCAGGAUUGUUUUAUUUAGCCUGUUUUAAUUCAGUGCUGAUGUAGAGGAAUUAAAAAGGUUAAAAUGGCUUCACUAAUUUUAUUUGAAUUUAAAUAAGACAGAAGGGGUGUUAAACAAAUCAUACAAAAUAAAUGGUAACCUAAAGUUGUAGAGAGUUGAUAUGUAUGCCUAGAUGAGUGUGUAAACCUACCUGCAAAUCCUAAAUACCUGCAAAGUUGUAGAAAGCAGAUGGAAACGUCACUACGCCACUAAAUAUCUGUUCAGGCUUUGGUGAGCUGUUGUGUUUACCCUGGUGUUGCCAAAAACAGGUGAAGAGACCUGUUGUGAACAGCCUUAACAAGUCCCCUCCCUGGCUCUGAUCUGCAGCGGCCCCAAUGAUGCCCUAGGUUAGAUGACCAGUCCUGAGAAGAAACAAUGCCUCAAUCGUAGGUUAAAGUUCUGCUAGUGAAGCAUGUUAAAAGUGCUUGAAGGCUCUGCAAGCUUUUGCUUUUUAAUUGAUAGUUUAUUUUAAGUCAGCGACGAAACCAGAGCACUUUUUUUGUGUGGGAGUGUUUAUUAGCUCUUAAACAUUAUUGUUAUUGUUGGUGUAAAGAGCAGCACAUAAGAGAUGUUUUACUGCGUCAUGUAACACAGACUCAAGUGCAGAUUGGUUCUCUGUGACUGCUGCCCUUAUGAUAUAUUGUAUUCUGGUGUACAAUAGUGGUAUAUAUUGUAUUAUACUUUCAGCUGUACAGAUAUCGAAUCAGUUUUUUGUUUUCCUCUGUUUUUUAAUAAACAGUUGGAUGAGUCUACGCAGCUGUUGAAUCUGCUGUUUGCAUGCAUGAUUACUUUCCAGCCUAAUAACAAUAAAGUUAUUCCAUCUGUAUGAA